AUGAACGACGUCCAACAUCUGACAUCCAGCCGUGGGGGGCCCUAUGCGGAGGUUGGUGCGAGCUCGGGGCCUUCAAUGUCACAACUUUCAGGAGAGACAUGCCGAACGGAGACAGUCCAGGUUCCGCGGUCACCUCAGCCACUGUCCUUGCAAAUUGACGGGCUGAAUGCGCGAAUCUUUGACAGGGGCGACGAUGCGCUCAGUCGCGUCGAGUCGUCUGAGCGCGGCAGCGACACCUCUGCUGACCCCCGUCGUCCUGAACUACAGUCCGCUAGCACCGUCACAGACUCCUUCUCAAGCCUUCCCUUGUCCUCUUUGCAUGACGAUAGCCGCUCUAUGGAGAUCGAAAACUCCCAAACCUCGAAUGAAGAGGACCAAACACCCAAGGCGUAUUCCCGUUCCGAAGUACCUCCGCAUAUCGAUGAAAAUGGAUCAAUAAAUGCUUCAGCAGGGAUAAAGAAGGAAGGCAAUUGGUCUUUAUCGCCCUUACAAUCCACGGAGGCUUCAGAUCUGCCAUCCAGUAAUGAGUCGCACUUCAAACCAGGACAUAAAAGAACAGCAACCGGCGAUAUCAAGCCAAUGUCUUCGGGCCUGGCUGCGCCUGAUGCCCUUGAAAACGGAGCUCAAAGGCGUCGCUCAAAAACCAUUGGGGCGUCUGCCCAUGGAAGUAGAAUCGCGCAGUUAUCGGUCCAUAUCCGCACGCGACUAUCAUAUGCAGCAGCCAAGAUUGAGAAGUCUCGGCAAACGCGUGAUACCAAAACCCAGGAUGCUAUUCGUGAAUUAGAAAAGUUAGUAUCAGAGACUCCCAGCGCCGCAUCAACGCCAGGUCUGAAGCCAUCGCCUUAUUUGCAAUCACCACAACCAACGACUCAUGCUCGCCCUCACCUUUCUCAUCAAAGAUCUCAGUCCACCAUGUCAUCCAGCAGACUCACGAAUAUUCCUAAAUUAGCGCCCCCGGUUGACAUCGUUCCAUCAAAUGGCGAUACUAACCGACGACGGCCCAACCCCAAUACUGUUGCCAAACAUCAUGAUUAUAGCCCAUAUGCUCGCCACCGCCGACACCAUUCGCAUCAAGAGCCUUCAUUAGCCAGAUUAUCAUCACCGGUCCUCGGAACGGGGACUCCACGUAUUCCGCCAUCUUCUCGCAUGACAUUGUCAGCACAGCAUGAAUUCUUCAAAUCACACACCCAAAACACCUCCAUGGAACAAGACGCCAUAGAGACUCUCAUUUUCAUGUCCAGUCCAGAGAAUUCAGGCUACCGCUCAAGCCCUCGGGACCUGCAGCCUGCAGCGACCCAAGCCAGCUUGAAUGAAUCCCUCUUCUCGAACGGACAUGGAGGACCGGCCGACCAGAGCCAAAGUUCGCAAAGUGACAGAUCCCUCAACGGUCGCAGCUUCGAGCUGAGACCCGCUGGGUUGGGUCUCGAGGCGGACGCAGGAGAUGCAAUUGAUCGUAUCUUGGACCAAAUGGACAGCGAUAGCGAAGAUGAUACGCGGUAUGCCUCGCAUCGUCAUAGAGCUUAUAUGCCGCCAUCCUCGAGGAAUCAUGCACCACCGAGAUAA